CUUGCAGUCGUGUUUUUGGUGUUUUUGUAUUGCAAGAUAUUUGCGAAAAAUAAAUACAUAAGCUAGUGUAAUUCGUGUUGUUCUUUUGUGAAAUGUAAUGUGAACACAGACCCCAUAGAUCAGGCCAGAGUUCGGUGGAUACAUUGCACACAUUGUACCACCCAAUAAAAUGACAAAUUACAGCGUUUAGUGUAAGUGCUCCCAAUUGAGUGUGUGUCCAUUGGACUGCAGAGGAAGCGUCUGAUAAGCAGCCAUCUUCUUAUAAGAAUGGCUCGGAAGUUCCUGCCAAAUAUAUAAAUCCUAAAAACUAUUGCCGUGCAGCAAGGGCACGGGCGUUCUGGCCAUCCACGAGAUCGAGGAACAAUAGAUUUAGCAACACCACAACAACAACAACACACCCAGACAUGUGCAUCGCGCAACUAAUCUAUUGUAAAUAAACUGCGUCUGCGUCCAUUGUGAACGAGCACCUUUUCUCGGUCACGUACGCCGAUUCCGAUUCCUCGAUUCCCGAUUCGCUGAUUCGCCGAUUCCCCGAUUCCGUUGCAACCAGCAGGGCGGUUUACAGGGAAUUCGCGAAAAACCAGGUGCCCCACAUCCUCCAGAGAACCAGCCGCCCCAUAGCAGCCACACACAGGAGCUGGAGGAGUGCAGGAGGAGGAGAGCAGCAUCCACGGCAUAUCCAUCGGUUCCAGAUCGAAGCGCCCGAGAGAAAAGUGUCUCGGCUCAAAGAUUGAAAAGUCCGACAACAGGUCGGCAUUGAAAAAAGAAAGAGAAAAGCUGAGACGAAAAUGAAAAUGUCAGAGGUGCCACGCAUCAUGGUCUUUCGACCCACCUGGGAGGAGUUCAAGGACUUUCCCAAGUAUGUGGCCUACAUGGAGUCACAGGGCGCCCACAAGGCCGGUCUGGCCAAGGUGGUGCCUCCGCCGGAAUGGGUGCCCCGUCGCAGUGGGUACGCCGAUCUCGAUGCCCUCAAUGUCACAAUACCAGCGCCCAUAUGCCAGGUGGUAACGGGCAAGCAGGGCUACUAUCAGCAGAUCAACAUCCAGAAAAAGCCACUCACAGUGAAGCAGUUUAGCGAGCUGGCCAGCACCGAGCGCUACGCCACACCCAAACACUUUGACUUUGAGGAUCUGGAGCGCAAGUACUGGAAGAACAUAACAUAUGUGGCGCCCAUUUAUGGGGCAGACGUUAGCGGAAGCAUCACAGACACCGACCAGGAUAGCUGGAACAUCAACCGGCUGGGUACUAUUCUUGACUAUGUCAACAAGGAUUAUAACAUCCAGAUAGACGGCGUGAACACAGCUUACUUGUACUUUGGCAUGUGGAAGACGACUUUCGCAUGGCACACGGAGGACAUGGACCUCUAUUCCAUCAAUUACUUGCACUUUGGGGCGCCAAAGACGUGGUAUGUGGUGCCGCCGGAGUGUGGUCGCAAGCUGGAGAAGGUGGCCAACCAAUACUUUCCGGCCAGUUACAAGAAUUGCAACGCAUACUUGCGCCACAAGAUGACGUUGAUUUCACCACAGAUUCUCAAGCAACACGACGUGCCCGUCAGUAAGAUCACGCAGGAGGCGGGCGAGAUCAUGAUCACGUUUCCGUUCGGCUACCAUGCCGGCUUCAAUCACGGCUUCAACUGUGCCGAGUCCACCAACUUUGCCAUGGAGCGCUGGAUCGAGUACGGCAAGCGGGCGGUGCAGUGCACCUGCAGCAACGACAUGGUCAAGAUCUCGAUGGACACAUUUGUCAAGCGCUUCCAAAGCGAUCGCUACGAUCUGUGGAUGGAGGGGCGUGAUGUGGGGCGGCAUCCGGAGGAUCCGCCGAACGGGGUGCCCAGUGCAGCUCCCCUGCCACCACAUCUCGAUGUCUUGCUGUGUGAUAAAAAAAUGAAAAAGCAAUGCAAUCCUACCAAGGCCAAGAGUUUCAAAGAGCGUAAUCCCGAUCUGGAUCUGGAUGAAAUCCAGCAGAAUCCCAACGUGCCCGACGACGUCAAGGCCAUGCUGAAGGAGAGCGUGCUGACGCUGGACAUGGGCGAUCUGGCCACGGAUGAGGCUGAUUUUCCCAACGAGGAUGCCAUGAGUCUACAGAGUCCGGCGGAUCUGAAGACCAAGCAGGAGCUGCUUGAGUACAUAGACGACGGCACAGAAGAUGAUGAUGAGGAGGAGGACUUCAAGCGGCGCAAGCAGAAGCGGCGCUACGACGCCGACUACGACGACGAUUGGCUGGCGUCCAAGCGCAAGAGUAACUCGCGAAACAGUCGCGGUCGUAGUCCGCGCACCAAGGACGACCGCUCCAUAUCGCCAGCCUCCUCCACUUCCUCGACGUCGCGGGGCGCACGGCGCGGCAAGGCCAGCGGCACGCCCCGAAAGACUCCUGCACGGCGGAAAAAGGACACUAGUGCCACAUCUCCGGCGGUCACUUCUGCUGCCACUGCUGUUAAAACCACCACAUCAGCCGUGGCAGCUGGAACAGCAUCACCAGUCACAAACACAGCAACAGCAGCAGCAGAUGGCGGAGGAGAUGCCAAAAAGGAGCGACAGUCGCUGCAAUUUAUGCAACAAUCGCGUAAAUUCGAGGGCAAGAUACCAAAACUAAGUCAAAGUCAAACGAGUGCAGCAGGAGCAGCAGCAGCAACAGCAGCAACAGCAGCCACAGCAGCCGCAGAAGCAUCCACAUCCAAGUCUAGUCAAGAGCAGCAGCAACAGAUUGUCUACGUCAACAUGUUGCCCGCGGCCAAUACCCUGAAUGGCAUUCCACAGCAGCAGCAGCAGCAGCAAUAUACGAGCACGGAUGGCAAUGUCUAUCAGCUGCAAAAUGAAAUACUCUGUGAUGCAAACGGACAUGCCGUGACUGCCGCCACGGCUUCAUAUCAAACUACGGCCAGUAGUCCGCAGCAGCAGCAGCAGCAGCAGCAACAGAAUGUUGCAACCAGCGUUGCCGACAAUGUGGUCACAACUAUUAGUUCGUCCUCCAUCCUGCACACGAACGCCAACACCAACGGAGUGGACACAAUCGCCGCCACACAGCAGCAGCAGCAGCAGCACCAGCAGCAGCAGCAGCAGCAACAACAGCAACAUUACCACUACAUCACCACCACCGGCGAGGAUGGACAAACCCCGACCACCAUAGUGUUCGAGAACUACAACGGCGGCAUGCCAGCGGUCAGUUCCGCCGCACCAACGCCCGUUCCCGUGUCGCAGGCCAACUCGGCCGCGACCACGACCACCACGGCCCUGGUUAACACGGACGGCACGAUCAUCGAGUUCGAUGGCAACACGUACGAGGAGUACCACGUACUCAAAAGCGAGCCCGGCAGCAGCGAUUGCCUGAGCAACGGCAGCAGCGCCGUGGCCGCCGACAUAAUCAAGUACGAUCCCCAGCACGGAGUCGUUGGCGACGAGGAGGACGAGGAGGAGAGCGGCCUGUUGCAGGUGAAGUACGAGGAGCAGAGCCUCGAACACGAUCCGGAUAACGAGCACGAUGCGGACCAGGAGCACGAGUACGAGGAGUUCCAGGUGAUCAAGGCCGAGGUGGAGGCCGAGGCGGCGGAGCUGGCAGCCGGCACCACCAGCUACACGAUCAGCCAGGACCAGCCGGGAUCCGGCACCACGGUGCUCUCCUCAAUGGUACCCAAAUCGGGAUCGGCGGCGGCCGCCAAGCAGAAGCGCAAGCGCAAGACGCGCGUCAUCGCCGACGACGAGCAGGGCGAGUACCUGGAGAAGAUGAGUGUACGUGGCCUGGACAUCGCCCGCUACGAGCACAUCAUCGACGGCGUGGCCUACUGCCUGGUCUGCGCCAAGAACGACAUCUUUAAGACGUUCAAGAACAAGUACAGCUUCCAGCGACACGCCUACCUCUUUCACGAGGGUCAAAAUCGCAAGAUAUUCGCCUGCCCCAUCUGCAACAAGGAGUUCUCGCGUCCGGACAAGAUGAAGAUGCACAAGAAGGACAAGCACGGCGACGUGCCCAUGCCGCCAUCGGCCACCACGACUCCGCUCAAGGCUGACGGUCCGCCGACCAAGCGGGCGCGUACCGCUCGCACUCCGCGCGUCCGCAAGACGAAGGGCGGCGAUGGCAGUACGCCGGCCAAGAAGCGGCUGGCGCAGAUCGACAGUGUCCUGGACGACGUGCAGAAUGGUGAGUCCCUGACCAUGGCGCCGGUCAGCGUGAGCCACUCCCAGCAGCAGCAGCAACAGCAGCAGCAGAUGCAGCACAGCAUCACAACGCUGGCACCCACGACGCCGUCGCAGCCGCAGCAUCAGCUGCAGACGCUGCCCUCGCUGGACUUCAGCGGCAUGAUUCUGCCUGGAGGCGCACAGCUGGCACUGGCCAAUCCGGGCGCCACCAGCUCCGUGGGCCUGCAGCGAGGACCAGCCACGCCAAACGGUCAGCCGGCGGCGCCCACCACCACGCUGAUCUACUCGAACCAACUGGAACUGCAGCAGGCGCUGCUGCAACAGCAGCUGCACGGCCAGAGCAUCAUGAUCCAGGACCAAGCCGGCAACCUGGUGCCCCUGCAGCUGGACGGCACCCAGGCGAUAUACACGACGGCGCCGCAGGCUCAGCGCCAACAGACCACGGCCACAUAUCAGACGACGCAGCAGCAGCAGCAACAGCAGCCAACGCAGCAGCCCGCCAGCCAGGCGCAACAGCAACCCCACUACGAGCUGGACAACGUGACCUAUUUGAGCUCCACGGCGGCGGCCACUCCGACGUCGGCCGAGCAGCAGCAGCAGCAGCAACAACAGCAGCAGCAGCACGUGAUCGGCACGGUACAGAGCUAUCAGAUCCUGACGCCCGACGGCCUGCAGAACUUCCAACCCAAGCUGGAGACGGCCGAGCUGGGCGACCUGUGUCCCUACUCGCAAUACACCUUCACCACGCACGGCGGAGCGCAGCCCACGCUGAAUGCGAACGCGCUGGACGCGCAGAACCAGCACCAGCAGCACCACCAGCCGCAGCAGCACCACCACCAGCAGCAACACCACCAGCAGACGCAACUACUGCAGCAGCAGCCCUUCGCCACGCACCACAAUCCGCACCAGCAGUUCAUGGAGCUGAAGAACGAGCUGCUGAUCAAGGGCGGUGACGCCUACACCCUGGACACCGCCUCCAUGUACCACCUGCCCUUCUCGCCCACCUCGAUGAUCAAUGCGGUGAACGAUGUGAACACCUCGUCGCUGCUGGAAACCAAAGAAAUUAGCAGCAGCAGCAACGGCGGCAGCAGCAGCAACGCCACUAGCAACACUGCCAGCAGCAACAAUGCGUCCUCCGUGGUGAGCAGCAGCGCGAGCAAUGGCCUCAAGCCGGCGGCCAAGAAGACACCUGUCAUUCUGCUGGCCGCUCGUGGUGCCGCCAAGCAGCCGCAGCUCAGCAUUCUUAAUGGCAACACCAAGACCGGAACGGGAAAUGGAAUUGGAAGCGGAGGCGUUACGUUAGUGCGCGUCAAUGCAUCUAAUCGCAAUCAGCGCCAAGUAAUCGUCGCGCCGGAAGCAGCACCUGUGGAGCAGCAGCCGGUGGUCGAGGAGGAGCUGUUGGCCGAGGACGACGAGCUGGACGAGGACAUGGAUGAGGAUGCUGUUGCCCUGGCCGGGCUCUCCUCCUCGACUGCCCAGAUCCUGCGGAAGUUCCGCAUACCCAAAGGCACGGCCGUGACGGCCAAGUCGGGUGAGAACUACCUGGCCAUGCCCACGCCAACACCCUCGCCGCCGGGUGUCGUCAAUUUGGUUAGCUCCGGCGUUGAGGCUUCCGGUUACAUCGAGAACGACGACGACAUCAUCGAGGAGCUCAACGAGGACGACCUGGUCGAGGAGAUUAUCGACGAGGAGCCCAGCCAGGAGCAGCCGGAGCUGCAAGAGGCGACGGACGCCGAUGGUCUCGAUCUGAGCAGCACGAACAAUGCGACGGCCGCAACGGGCACCACCAUGCUGCUGGCCCCCCAACCGCCUCCGCUUCAGCUGCAGACGGUGGCCUCCAACGGCACCGUGACCUGCUUCAACCUGCCGGCCAACACCAUCCUGCUGCAGUCGGCCGAUGGCAGCAUAAUCGCCGCCACCCAGGUGCCGCAUCCCAGCAAGGCGGGUCAGCAGCAGCUGAUUGCGCUGCCGGGCAACGUGGCCCUGGCCACCGAACCGGCGACGCAGGCUCAGGCCACGUCGGCGCCCCAGGCCACGCAGACGCUGAUCCUGACCGCCGACGGCACGGCCAUUCCCAUCCUGGCCACUGCUCCCCAACAUCAGCAGCAGCAGCAACAGCAACAACAGCAACAGGCUGCCGCUGCUGCUGCUGCUCAGUUGUUCGCCGCGUAGGGUCUAAUGGGUGGCCAAAUGGGUCGAUUUUUGAACAGUGCCACCAUAAUGCCGACCACUUACUUCUUUUAGAAAUCUCUCAACUGUUCAGCGCCGAUUCGGUUGCCCAUGGCGCAAAGCUGGAACUCAGCUCUGUGCCGUCGGCAACGUUCACUUGUUUUAUAGGGUUUUAGAAUACUACUUCAAAAAUCGUCACAUUUGGCCACCAAAAAGCGGGGAAAACGCAGCUGGAGCGCUUGCGUGUGCUGUAAAAAAGAAAAAGAAAACAAAAAAUGGAAAGAAUAUUAACUCAAACAUAAGCCAAGCUAACUCAUUGAUAUUACCACACUGUUGGAUGUGCAUACGAAAUUUAUUUUUUUACUCAAAAAACCAAAUGCCUACAAGAAUAUAAAUCAAAUGUUGUUCAACACACAGAAAAGCACAUACACGCGAAUGGAUUUGCGGCAGAAUCAAAUGUACGGAUCAAAUGUAUUCGGUUCACGGCAAACUUGAGAGCAUCGUAAAUUAAAAUAAUUUCUACGCCUAAGCUAAAUUUUAAAUGUUUAAGUGCAAACACGAGACACACACCCCAAACCAGUUGUAACUAUUUCACCUGCCUACAGUGCGGGCAGAAUAUGUUUAGUGUAAUUUAGUUUUGCAAGAACGUUUUCGUUUCUCUAAAGGAUAGCUCACUUUUGUAACUACCGGGAGCGUUCUCGAAAAAUACUUAUAAUAUAAUUUGUUCCUUGCAUAAUGAGAGAUAGACAGGCAACUAUGCAACGUAAUUCAUGUAGUAUUUAUUUGAUAAGUUCUCGAUCUAUUUAUUUAUUUUUGUUAACUAUUCCCAUCCGUGUACCCCGCCACCCCUUGUCAUUACACUUUCUUUUGCCAUGUUGUAUAUUCUUUACAUAUAUAUAUAUAUUAUAUAUUUUAUUUGCAAUCUUGUUAUGCCAUUCGUAUAGGAAAAUAGGAAUUCAAGCAUAGCACCGACCUAACAUUACUCUAAGUUGUAGGCCCGAUACUUUAGACUAAAGUAUUUUUUUAACCCAUUCUUGCGACACCAACUGCCCAAGAAUACAUAAAAACACACACAUUAAGCUAAGCGAAGCUAGGGUUAAGCCUAGGCUAACUAAGAUACUUUAACCGAUGGAAGACAAUGAUUUAAAAUAGCUCGUAGUAUGUACUCUAAGACAAAUAAGCAAAACGGAGUUGCACUUCUGUAAGAUAUACUGUAACUAAUAACGAAGCGGAAAAGCUACAAAUAAAGCAACUCGAGUAGCCUACAUUAUGUAUAAUACAAAUUCUAAUGCUAAUAUUACUUUA